CUCCCCUCGAUCAGAAUUCCUUGCCGUCUCAGUUUUGCGAAUGGUUUCUCAGGAUUGCAUCAGAAUCCAUAGUGAGACGUGCCGCCGCCUCUUCGGUCCCCCUGUUGUCUUCAUUAGGUGGAGAAACAGCUGUGCACCACACGCAGGUUGUAAGGAGCUCGACAGGUGCUCGCUAGGCUGACCUGGAGGGGGAGGACUGGCAAACGAAUCACUCAGACCCACUAUUUCGAUGUGUGAUGCUUGAUUGUCAACAGUAACAGCAUUUCACUGUGGAGUCGCUUUAAGCGGUUGUUCAAGUUGUCAGAUUUGUGGACAAUUUUUUUUGGUUGGGGGGGGCGCAACAAAAAUGUAGCACUAGUGAUUGCGUCACAGAAUCGUCGAUUAGGAAGAGAACGUGAAAAUUGCUUCCAGAUUAAUUAUGUAAAGUAGUAGGACUAAUGAGCAGCUUUUACUUCUGUUAUUUGUGUCACAGAAUAGUCGGGGGGAGUCUCUCUUUCGUUCUCUCUCUCGCUCGCUCUCUAACAGACCAAGUGUUUUUGGGGUGAUUGAGUUUUUUUUCAGCCCGCCAUAUUCCCCCGCAUGUCCGCACCUGAGGACAGGAUGUCAAAGGGCUGGUUAUCAGAUCUCGUUAUAGGGCCGCACCACCUGUUCUUUGUAUCCUGUUUUUUUUUUUUUUUUUUUUCCCCAAAUCGCUUUAUGAAGGUUAAUACUUCAUUUUCAUUAUCAGUCAGUUUUGGACUUUUUUUUGUUUGUUUUUUGCUCUUAUGACUGUCAAGUUAGGAAUUUUUUUUGUUAGCUUGUAUCUGAUCUCUUGUGAUGCGGUGUAAGAAGAAAAAAAUGUGCGGUUCGGUCGGCGUUAAGCGUGCUUGCGUUUAACAGGUGCUCUUGUAGCAUUUGAUUCGCUGGAGUAACAGCCUAAUGAUGUAAGAGCAUUUCAAGACAACCUUCCAAGCAGCUGUAAAAAAUUUGUCUAGGAAGGGGGUUGCACACGAUGAAGCCUCAAGUGUGUGUGUGUGUGUGAGAAACAGGGAGUGAUGGAGGAAGGGAGGGAGAGUAAGAGAGAGCACGCUGCCCUCCUCUUGGCCCUUUGUUAGCACUUGGCUUUUGAGGCAGGCUGAGUUCGGGACAUAAGUGGGCCACAGGGGAGCACAUGAAUGCACGGAAGGUGCAGAGGGCCUCGGGGAUCGGGCGGGGGGGCAGGGAGCAUGCUGGAGAAGCCGGGCAGGUGCCUGUUUGUGGCAAGUUUUCCGCCACUCCUCAUCAGGGCGAGCCAGGGAGCAGGUGGCCUUUGUUUGGAGGCUGUAGUUUAUUGUGCAUGAGAAUUCUGCAGGUCACGGCUACGUUUUCUUUUCUUUUCUUUUUUUUUUUAAUAGCUUUAAAUCUGUUUAUUUGUUUUAUCAGUAGCCUAAAAUCCAGUUUUAUGUGCACUCCCAAACGCAGAGUGAAAAUGACGACUUCCUAAACAUAAGACUUUGGAAUACACAUGCUCCUGAACACAACAGCACCUGUAUCCUCCAGGUAAAUGAUAAACAGGAGGCGAGGAGGAGGAGGAGGGAGACGUGUUGCCAUGAGCUCAGCCUCUAGGGAAAGUCUUUCGGGCUGUCGGUAAGCUGAGGGGAUAAUUAACCAGGAGAGACUUCGUAUGUAAUAAGUCUUUCCGACGUCAUCCUUAACUUCAUUCCACAUGAAACUCGAGAUGAGGCUGCAAAGCUUUUACGGUACACGUGCUCGCACGGGUUCCACGAACGCGUAGUGCUGACCGAGCGUGAUUGCAGUGGCAGGUCCAAACCAAGACACUUCUAUACGGAACAACACGUGGCUUCUCUGUCGUGUGACGAGGUUUCCCCACGCUGUGGAGGAAGAUAUUUGAAAUAUAAAAUCCACACUUUUGUAACUGUUACAGGUGGGGUAUGCAGGUCAUGCAGGUGAACUGAAGGUGAUAUUCCUGCGGCGCACACGUCCCUUUAUUCAUAUCCUCUCUGGUAUUUGUAUUGGUGUGGCGAGCGUCUGCGAGAGGCCUUCGCUCUCACACGAGCGCUUCAUCGAGGUGAAUCACGAUCCAGAUUUUUCCAACACACUGCGCCCAGUAGGCCGUUUGAUGAAUCAUGGGGCUUUGUGAUAAUCUUGGAAUUUGUAGACGUGUCAUUUCGGGUAGCCUGCAGCCAGUUCAGGCGAGGGGGUUUAUAAAGGCUCAGGAGAGGCGCGCGAGACCUGAAGCGUGGAAACGCUUAAUUAUUAACCGCCUUUUAUGACUGCGACAGGGUCCAUUCAUUGGCAGCGGUCAGAAUGUGUAAAGAGGCCUGGUUAGUUUCAGUUAUUUUAUCCAUGUACUAAUUCCUUCCAGCAACCUUCGACAUGUCGGUUCUCAUCAGAACCAAAACAUGAUGAAACCUUUCACGGCUUGAGUUUCGAGGCCGUUGAUGCAGAGUAAUGGGUGAGUCACGGUUGCCGCUGCUCUCGAGUAGCACAGCUGGGCCAGGUGUUUCGGUAACGUCACAGAUGCAGCGAUUCUUCAGGGCUCGAGCAGAUGGACGCAGGCUGAUAAGCGCUUUCUCUUUCUCAGCCCUGUGCUUUCUGCUCCAUCUUCUUUUUAACAAACAUUUACACCGUGUGUGUGUGUGUGUGUGUGUGUGUGUUUUAUGCUGCUGCGAGAUAGAUGCGAGGCGUAGGCAGUGUAGGUAAUCUUUCUCGUUGCGUACGCCUAAUUUGAUUUUAGCUGCAAACUUAUAGUUGUUUUUCUUAAUUUAGUAAUCAGACGCCGUCGGGUCGUUAAAGGAGCGAGUGUGGGGUUUGUGCGCAGGUUUUAUUAUACGUUUCUUAUUAAUUGGAGUCUGUUUCGGUGCGUAUUUUAUUGUGCAAAGUGUUAGUGUGUUAAAGAUAAGUAGUAAAUUAUGCAAAUAAAAUCCUUGCUAGAGAGGGAGAGGAAUAAGCUAGGAGAGCAGAAUUUGGGCUGAAAUGUUUUUAUUUUGAUUUUUAUUCCCUUAAAGGAGAGCUGUAGCAUUAGUAGAAAUGUGCAGUGGGGCUCCUGUAUUACGACAUAUGACGACUUUGUACGAUAAUUCACGACUUGAUGAAUUAUAAGAAUCGUGAUCGGUUUGUAAAAUGGUUAGAACUCUAUAACUGGUAUUCUGGGGUUUGUUCGUUUUUUUUUUUGUUUUGUUUUUCACGACUAGAAAAUGAUUAAAUGAUUGGUACAAUGAUUGGUACGCCUAUAUCACCACCCUUGGUAAAUUUUAGCAAAGAAGGCUGUGAAAAAAUCCUUAAAAAAAUUAAAUUUCACAAAAAUACUCAUGGAUAUCAGACAAUUGCAAAUAAAAAAUAAUUAGCUUUGGUUAAUAUAGACAAUUUAAACAAUUGUUUAAUAAAACAAUUAUUGGAACCCCAUGAAUUCAUUUGAGAAAUGUAGUUGAAGUAUAUUCCCAUUGAUAUUUUUAUUUAUUUAUUUACUUACUUACUUACUUAUUUAUUAGUACACCUGGGUGACUAGGAACAGGAAAUUUGUUCGACUAUGACUUCCUGUUUCACAGGGGUAUAAAUAUGAGGUAACACACAGGCCAAAUUCACUUAGUCAUUCAUAACAAUGGGUAAGAGCAAGGACUGUAGCUGUGAAGUGCGGCAAAAGGUUGAGCUUCAGAAAACACGAAGUCCGAUACACUUCUGUUUUCACACUUCCGGGGCGUGGCCAGGCUGCAGACCCAGAGCUUCUCUGUUUGUUUGUUUGUGCUUUUAAGUUUGUCCAAGUUGUUUUUCGUUACGAUUAAGUUGCACAUGUGGUCGACGACUCGACGGGAUAGUGAAAAUGAGAACGGAGUUGGCUGGAAAAUCUGCGUUCACGUGCAUUUCGAUCUUCUCCUUAAUUCCGGAAAACCUUUCGACCCCUGGCGAGAACGGUGUGGGCGCACACGUGAGGAUUUACUCUCGGGGAUUUGUAUCAUCGCUAAGAGAGCACCGGUAAAUCUUCAGGAACCCCUGCAACGCUACAUUUUCUAUCCAUGUCAAAGGAGGGACAAAGGAAAGUGACUCAACAUAAAGGUAAAAUAAAAACGGGGCUCAAGGGGUGGCAUUAAAAACAGACAAGGCGCCUGUCUCCUGUGAUUAUUCUUUCUUAUGUCUGAUCCCUAAAUAACAAACUUGAUGAACUAACCAAUCGGGUUAAGACGGAAGAUUUGUUUAGGUGCAGUAACUUAAUAUGCCUUAAUAACAGAAACGGAGAAUAACCACAAUAUUGACCUGGAUGGUUGCACCCUUAUUAGACCGGAUCGGGACAAUAGAGCAGCGGGAAAAUCAAUUGGCGGUGGACUCUCUCUAUAUUUGGACAAUAACUGGGCAACACAAUAUAAAAAAAAAUAAAAAAUACCGGACAAGAGCUGCCCCAUGGUUGAGAUCUCUGCUGCAAUAAGACCCUUCUAUUUACCUCGAGAGUUUGGGCUGAUUCUUAUGGUUCUGAUUCACGAUUACGGUGCCAGGACCAAAACAUACUGAAGCGCUAAGAAAAUUACAAAAUGUUUCUGUGACGCUUUGGACCAGCCGGGGUUUAUUCUUGGGGACUUUCAUACCCAUGAUUAUAUCUGCACAUCUUCCAGCUCUUCAGCAAUACCUCACGUGCCCGACGUGCCCGACACGCAUCUUGGACAAAUGUUUCGUGAAUGUUUUUGGGUGUCUAAUAAAGCAGUGUCGAGAUUGGUUUUAAAUACAGGGACACCACAGGGUUGUGUGUUGUCGCCACUCUUGUUCUCCAUAUAUACUAAUGAGCUACAAAUGAAGAGUAAUACAGCUGGUCUGUUUAACUAUGCUGUUGAUAUGGUUCUCGUGCAACUUUGUUCUAAACAUCAAGUAAUGAGUGAGUAAGCUUAUUUUAAAAAUGCGGUUGUUCGUGAAGACUGGUGUAAAGCAAGUCAAAGGUUACUUCUUAAGCGUAAAAUUAAGAGUUUUGAUGUUUUGGAAAUGGUAUACAAAAGUAAUGUUGAGAGUAUUUUAAUGUUUAAUAUUACAGCCUGGACCAGUGAUCAUUAGAAUAUUAAAUGAAGGGUAAGCAACUCUUUGUGAGGAGAAUCUUUAUAUUAAUGUGUAUGUGUAUAAUUGUGUGUUUUAUGAGAAGCCACAAGAAGAAUUUCCACAUUGGUGGACAAUGAAGUCAAAUCAAUCAAUCAUGUGUCUACAAGAAAACAGCACAAGCAUUGAAAAUGCCCAUUUCCACCAUCAGGGCAAUAAUUAAGAAGUUCCAGUCAACUGGAAAUGUUAUGAAUCGACCUGGAAUUGGACGCGUGUCUGUAUCGUCUCAACACACUGUGAAGAGGACGGUUCGAGUGGAUAAAACAUCUCCAAGGAUCACAGCUGGAGAACUGCAGAAGUUAGUUGUGUCUUGGGGUCAGAAAGUCUCCAAAACUACAAUCUGAAGUCACCGACAUCACCACAAGCUGUUUGGAAGGGUUUCGAGAAAAAAGCCUCUACUCUCAUCCAAAAACAAACUCGAGCGUCUUCAGUGUGCAGACACUACUGGAACUUCAAAUGGGAUCGGGUUCUACGGUCAGAUGAAACCAGAAUAGAGCUUUUUGGUAAUAAACACAGAGGUGGUUUUGGAGCACACAGAGAGGUAGCCGUAUGGAAAAGUCCCUCAUGUCCACGGUUAAAUAUGGAGGAGGAUCUUUAAUGUUCUGGGACUGUUUUUCUGCAAGAGGACCUGGACAUUUUGUUAGGAUACAUGGCAUCAUGGACUCUACCAAAUAUCAACAGAUAUUAAAUGAAAACCUGACUGCCUCUGCCAGAAAGAUUCAAAUGGGCCGUGGUUGGAUCUUCCAGCAGGACGAUGAUCCAAAACAUAAUCAUCAACAACACAGAAAUGGUUUACUGACCACAAAAUCAAGCUCCUGCCCUGACCAUCCCAGUCCCCUGACCUGAACCCCAUAGAGAACCUGUGGGAUGAACUCAAGAGGAGAGUCCACCAGCGUGGACCUGAAAUGUGAAGGAUCUGGAGAGAUUCUGUAUUGAGGAACGCUCUCAGAUCCCUCGCCAUGUAUCCUUCAAGCUCAUCAGGCCUUAUAGGAGAAGACUCAGAGCUGUUAUCUUGGCAGAGGGAGCUAGCAGAAAGUACUGACUAAAAGGGUACCAUUAAUUGUUUCUCACAUGUUUAACCAAGAUAUAUAUUUUUUUUGAUAAACCUGUUUUGUUUGCAAUUGUUUGAUAUCCAUGAGAGCAGAAGAAAGGUUAAACAAUAAAGAAUUUUUCACAGCCUUCGUUGCUCAUGUUUACCAAGGGUGGAGGGAACUGUAAGAAAUAGUGUUAUUGGAUAUAAAGGUUAAACCAAAGUACCGAUAUGCGUCAUACAUUCAAAUAAUAAUUUAGCACUAUAUCUAACAUGUUGCAUUGCCCAGCAUUAGGAUGAGCCACUUCUUAAAGAACCUGGCUUUUUAUCUUAAAAACACUAACAAUUGUUGAGACCCUAAAACACUGUACGUCUUCUACUGCCUUACAGAAUCACGAGACAUUUCCUUCCCGUAAAUAUAGUUUUAUAGCUGUACACUGCAGUACGCUUGACGCAUGAAACACGGCUAACCUGCUUUAUUUGCUUAUUUGAUGAUUUUAAACCAGUCCACUGCUUCCAGCUACUUAUCAGUGUUAAAACGAACAUCUGUGGAUUCCCAUAAUGUGGCGUAAUUGGUAUACACGCAGUGUUUGAGGCACUGAGGCAACCUCUUAUGAACCCUCGAAAUAAUGAUCGUCAAGGGUCCCAGUUACACCCUUCACCAUCAGGUAGCAGUAACAUUGCUACUGAACCGGAGGCUCAGGCAGGUGUAAAUGCAGUCUAUACAGUGCGUCAGAUCAGCGUUGCAUGAAGGAGUGAUUUAUCCCAGUAAACAAAACAAAAAAAACAGUGUUGCAAACAUGGACUGUCAAUUCCAGUCUAAUGCACACGUAGAUAACGUAUAAAUGCCAGGUGUAGAUCUGAGCGUGAGAUAAAAUGAUUCAUGAUCUUGAUAUUGAUAUCAUUUUUAUUGUGUUCUUAGCGUUCAGACGUUCAUAUAUUUUAAAUAGAGAGAGAGAGAGAGAGAGAUCGAUAGAAUUCUAAACUACCAGCAGUAGGCGAAGCCACCGGAAGUGCUCUGGUGGCCAUUUUACGAUUCCCUACCGACAGGGGGCGCCGAGCGCCAACGGACGAAAACUGUCAAGAUGACCCCAUGUGCUGCUUUUAACUGCAAAACAGCGUUCGCUAAAGGAUGUAGAAGUGCCCACAGGCUGUAAUUUAUGCAGACCGUGCAGAGAUUAAACACAAAUGCAUCCUUAUUCCCAUGUAGAGUGGGGGAUAACGAUCCUAAUCUCUAAUAAUCAACAAUAAAAAUACCCCCGUUUUAAAGCAGAAGUACCCGGUACACAUCUGCAGAUUGUUACAGGAUACAGAGUUUAAAAAGAGUUCUGAUCACUGAUCGCUAAUAUAAAUGACUAGCUUUGUGUUGAUAUGGUAACUGUUCGUCAAUUCGAUUUUAUUUGUAUAGCGCUUUUUUUGCAAUAGACAUUGUCUCAAAGCAGCUUUACAGAAACAUCAACAUGGUAUACAGAUAUGAAAAGUGCAAAUUUAUCCCAAUUGAGCGCGAUGGUGGUGAGGAAAAACCCCAAGAUGUUAGAGGACGAAACCUUGAGAGGAACCCGACUCGGAAGGGAACCCGUCCUCAUCUGGGUCACAACAGAUAGUGUGAAUAAAGUUCAUUAUGGAUUUAUAUGGAGUCUGUUUGGCAUUAGAAGCAGCCGUGGUCCCAGCAAUCUGGAAUUGGAGAAGAUGAGAGCUCCAUCCAGAGGCAGGACAUCCUAAACGGGUCCGGCAGGUCCGGAGAGGAUCGGGAUCUCCUAGUAUCUCUAUAAAAUCGUGUGGGGCUCGACAGAAGAGAGGGAGAGAGGAGAUUAUUAGGACUGUGCUUAGCGUAACAAAGUCUAGUCAGGGUAGGCUUGAGUAAACAAAUACGUUUUAAUCCUGAGUCUGAGUCCCGAACACUAAUAGGAAGACUGUUCCAUAACUGUGGGGCUCUAUAAGAGAAAGCUCUUCCCCCUGCUGUAGCCUUCACUAUUCCAGGUACCGUCAGAUAGCCUGCAUCUUUUGAUCUAAGUAGGCGUGGCGGAUCAUAGAAAACCAAAAGGUCGCUUAGAUACUGUGGCGCGAGACCGUUUAGUGCUUUAUAGGUUAAUAAUAGCAUUUUAUAAUCAAUGCGAGAUUUCACUGGGAUUAGAAAGUAACACUUUAGAAUAAACCAAAAGAGCCAAAUAUAAAGAUGGAGUAUAGACACUGAUCUAUCUAUAUAUAAUGUGUGUGUGUGUGUGUGUGUGUGUGUAUAAUAUAUGGAUGUUUUACUUGCUUUUCUUUCUUUGAAGAGCCGUCUGAAUGCGGAAGUAGCUCGGGUCAAAUUGAAAAGAAAGAGCAAAACCUCCAUCUUCUGAUCAUCUUCAAAACGUGUCCUCCUCUCCCGCAUGAUUUCUCACCAAUGUGUUUUUUAUACUCUGGGAGAGAAGAACUAAUUCUGUGAAGACGAACAGAUUCCGGUUUCCUACGUGCUGUGAACAGUGGUGUUGAUCUGUAAGCAGAUAUCCAACUUGACCACAAGCUAACUUGCUGUUAACCAUGUGCGGUUCUUUUCCUAAGCUAACGUUAGCGCCGUAGCUAAUAUUCGUUUCAGAAAAUGACCACAGUGAACGUUCGACGUAACCAAAAGUUACGCCGCAUAAUUUUAUAUUCAGAAUAGACACUUUAAAGCCUGCAAAACAUGUGUUUGUAAAAGUCUACUGAUAUAUCUUACCUCAGUUGCUUAAACUUGGUUUUUAUCGAGAGAACACGUGUGACGCUGCAGUAGAGAGUAACAUAACCGACUCGUAUGCAAACGUUUCUCCUUAUGGCUUGUUUCGGACAAGCCGUAUUUAAAGGUUUACUCUUUUAAGCUGUUCUUUGCUGUUAUUGUGUAAUAUUUAAACCGGGAAGUCAUUUUGACCCCAUAACAUAAUGGAUCUAACUUUUUUUUUCCAAAAUAAUAGGAGAGCUAAGUGACCUGGAUGGGUAAAAAUCACUCAGCAAAAACAGAUGAUUUCCCAUUACGACCCCCAGUGCGUUCAGAACGUUGAGGGGUCAGAGAUGACUGCGCUGUAGCUUCAUUGUUGGUGACGCCAUGAGCUAUCCAGUUUGUUUAUUUAUUUAUAUAUACACAAAGAUCAGUGAUUCAGACCUGUUCGAAGUUCCUGUGAGUGUUUAAUUAAUUGUGUGUGAGUUUGUGCUCAGGCACCGUGAAACCGUAACAACCCUACAUGUGAUGUAUAUCAUGAGUAAACUGCAUGUCGUAUCAGAUAUCUGCUGUGUAGUAACAUGAGCGCCAUUAUUCAUUUUUAACCAACACCAGUCGGAUGUUAAUGUGUGAAGAAGUCAUGUUGGAACAGAUUUCGUAUUUAAAUAUAAUUUUUAAAAACACCACUGCUUUUUUUUGUUUGUUUGUUUGUUUAUUUGUUUGUUUUUGCCCCCCGUGCCGUGUAGGCGCCAUGCAAACCCCAGAGGCGGGCGCUGACUCCUCGUCCACGGUGCCCCUCCAGACCAGCGUGCCUGUGCAGCCUGCUGUUACCGCCCAGCAGGUGCCCACUCAGGUGCCCGUCCAGCAACAGGCACAGACUGUUCAACAGGUGCAGCAUGUGUACCCGUCCCAGGUGCAGUACGUGGAGGAGAACAGCAGCGUCUACACCAACGGAACCAUACGCACAUACUCGUACUCGGAGCCGCAGCUGUACAGUCAGAACAGCAGCGGGAGCUACUUUGACACACAAGGCGCCGCACCUCAGGUGAGCACGGUGGUGACGAGUCACAGCUUGGCCAACAACGGCAGCACUAACGGCGGGCUGGCUAUGGGCCUCACGGGGGGUCAGAUCAUCAGCAGCUCAGGGGCCUACCUGAUCGGGUCCAACGCCAUGGACGGCUCCGCCCCUCACACUGCAGCACAGACCACCAGGGCCUCUCCAGCUACGAUUGAAAUGGCGAUUGAGACGCUCCAAAAGUCUGAGGGUUUGUCCAGUCAGAGAAGUUCACUGCUCAACAGCCAUCUGCAGUGGCUUCUGGAUAACUAUGAGACUGCUGAAGGGGUGAGUCUGCCUCGCUCCACACUCUACAGCCACUACCUGCGCCACUGCCAGGAGCAGAAGCUCGACCCGGUCAACGCCGCAUCAUUUGGGAAACUCAUCCGCUCCAUCUUCAUGGGUCUGCGCACACGCCGCCUCGGAACCAGGGGGAACUCCAAGUAUCAUUAUUACGGGAUCCGGGUGAAGCCAGACUCGCCACUGAACCGGCUGCAGGAGGACAUGCAAUACAUGGCACUGCGGCAGCAGCCUGUGCAUCAGAAACAGAGGUUCAAGUCUGUGCAGAAGGCGGACAGCUUUUUAGGAGACAACUACCCGAGCAGCGGGCAUCACCAUCCCAAUGCCGCCGAGCAGACGGUCCUCGCGCAGAGCCAGCACCACCAGCAGUUCCUGGACGCGUCUCGGGCCAUCCCCGAGUUUGUAGAGCUCGAUCUCGGAGAGAACGGAGUGGACGGUGUCGGCAUGGAGGACAUCAAGGCUCUUCAGAUACUGUACAGAGAACACUGCGAGGCCAUCUUGGAUGUGGUGGUAAACCUCCAGUUUAGCUUGAUCGAGAAGUUGUGGCAGACGUUCUGGCGCUAUUGCCCUUCCAACUCAAUAGAAGGCAUCACCAUGACUGAAAACAGCGGGAUGAGUGAGAUUGAGGGGCGUCUGCCACGUGCCAGGCUGUUGCUGCUGUGCCAGAGCGAGGCCGUGCUAAAGUGGAUGAACACCUGUGAUCACCUGAUGUACCAGGCUCUAGUGGAGAUCCUCAUCCCUGAUGUCCUCAGACCCAUUCCUAGUGCCUUGACUCAAGCCAUCCGCAACUUCGCCAAAAGCCUUGAGGGCUGGCUCACCAACGCCAUGAGCGCCAUUCCCCAGAAGAUGAUCCAGACCAAGGUAUCCGCUGUUAGUGCCUUUGCGCAGACCCUGCGCAGAUACACGUCUCUGAACCACCUGGCCCAGGCGGCGCGUGCUGUCCUGCAGAACACCUCACAGAUCAACCAGAUGCUCAGUGACCUGAACCGCGUGGACUUCGCCAACGUGCAGGAGCAGGCAUCAUGGGUCUGCCAGUGCGAGGAGGGCAUGGUGCAGCGACUCGAGCAGGACUUCAAGGCUACACUGCAGCAGCAGAGCUCCUUGGAGCAGUGGGCCACCUGGCUCGACAACGUCGUCAGUCAGGUCCUCAAGCCCUACGAGGACAGGCCAAGUUUCCCUAAAGCGGCCCGCCAGUUCCUGCUCAAGUGGUCCUUUUAUAGCUCGAUGGUGAUCAGAGACUUGACCCUGCGCAGUGCUGCCAGCUUCGGCUCGUUCCACCUGAUCCGUCUGCUCUACGACGAGUACAUGUUCUACCUGGUGGAGCACCGUGUCGCCCAGGCGACCGGAGAGACGCCUAUAGGGGUUAUGGGAGAGUUUGAUGACCUGAAUACUAUGUCACCUACCAACAUUGAUAAAGACGAAGUAAGCGAGAUGGACAGUGAGCUGGACGAGGAGAUGCAGGAGGCAGGGGAGCCGCUGGCCAAGCAAGAGAAAGCGGAGGCAGAGGUGAUUCAGGUGUUGCAGGUGGGGACUAUGGAGGACGGAAGCAGCGCUGUAGUGGGUGUGGUACAGCCAGACAUGCUGGGUACAAUGGGGAUGCAGCAGUCCACCAUCCGUCACUGCAGUGGGGCUGGCAACGCCUAUGCCUCUGUGUGACACUUUCACCAGCGCUCUCUCGAAUCUUUUUUUUUUUUUCUUCUUCUUCUUAUCCCUCCACAUGACACCUAGUUAUAUUCAUUUUCAUCUCAUCUGUCGACAUGUAACAUGCGCUCUUCUGUUCAGCAGGGUCUGAUCACGUCACUACAUCAGCAGAUGCUUCAGUCCUGCACUGCCAUUAUAUGAACUUCAUUUAUGUGAUCAGUCUAUUUGAUUCCGAGCAGCCCUUGAAGGAGAGAAGGUGCUCAAUGUUAACGUCCCUGCUCUGAAAAGAAUGGGUCGUUUUUAUUUAUUUAACCCCCCCCCAGAUGACCAAGAACUCAAAUCCAUGCCACUAGCUCCACAGGAAAAAACACGCAUCACUGAAGCUCAAUGUAUUUGUACUGUUGGUCAUUGUUUACGUUUGCCCCCCCCCAUGUAGCUUUGUGUCAGAGUUGGAAAUCUUGCUGUGUAUCGUGCUGCUAUAAUCUCAAGCGAGCUGUCCAGAUACGUCCAGCCUCCUCCUUGAGCUGUUCUCCUUGCCUUCUGUUUGUCGAAUCAGUCUCUUGGUCUGAACUUAGGAGAGGAUUAAUUUCACAUCCUGUACAAGUAUGUAUUCAGUGCAGACCUUUUUUUUUUUUUUAAAAAAAAAAAGGAAGUGUUGAUAUUGGCUGUUCCAGGCUGUCGUAUAGCUUCGCAUCCUCUCUCGCACCUGUGCCGUGUCAUAAAACCGAGCUAAUGUCAGGGAUUUAAUGUACCUCGGGUUCAUGCUAGUGCCUUAACCCAGCAACAGCUUUUCCGUUUUGUUGAAACUACUGUAUCGCACUGAGGGAGGCUGUUCCUUCUCUACUAGAACACUCGCUGCAAAGAAAUAUUCACUGCUAGAUAUCGAACACCUGGACUAGUGGCUGGAUUUGUAAUCCGUCAUCAGCGUGAGCUGAUUCGAAUUGUCGAUUGAUUGUUUUUAGUAAGGGAUCUGUGUGCGUUUCCGUGUGCGUGUCUGUUCUGUUGUCUGUGUAACCGUCACCCUACCUCACACCAGUGGUGCCAGCCGUUGGACGAACGCCCCACAAGUUUUGAUGUGCGUUACGUCGUACUGUUUAAUCUCGUCGAUUCAUCGUUCAUUCCCUUCGUUACACACUGGAUAUCUACCGGGGACCAAAACUUGCUCUUUGCUAUGAUAUAUAUAAAAAUAUAUAUUGGUAUAAAUAUAUAUAUAUAUACAUAUGAUAAACCAAUUCAUAAUUUUGUGUCGUAUAGCUGCUUCUGAGCAGGUGGUGUCGCUUUUGUAGCUCUUUAUUUUGAUUGGUCGAUCCGUGCACUGACUGUGAAGGGAGUUCAGACUGUAUGCCAUUUUACUCAAGAGGAGAUUGUGAUGCAUUUCAUUCAGAGAUUUGUGGGUUGGGGGAAGCAUCCAGUACAUCUGAGAUUAUUUAUAUAUAAAACUAGUCUGUGUAGCGGCACUCCUGUAAAAGCCACAGACUAUAGCAUGGACUGCUUUUAUUAAUUAUUAUUAUUAUGGUAUUUGGACUUACUGAUUGUUGUGUAAUAGGGAGAAAAAAAAACCCACUGGAAAACAAUAUUUUCUUUACUACUGAUCAUGUUUUCAUUUUUUUAAUUAUGAUUUUGUCUGCACAAUCUUCACACACUCGUUUCUGACUCCUACAGCGAGGUAAAGUGUCAAUCACGGUCUUGCAUAAAGUAAUAACUGACUCUUCUGCCGAAGUAACUGAAGCGGGAGCUUGACUUUCUUUUCAACUCCGAGUGCAAUCUGUGAACUGGAAUAGGAAGAGUGGCUUUCUCUACAGCAACAAGCUGUUCACCACCACACCUGAGGCAGCUGACAGGAAAUACAGAGAUUGUGAAACUGAGCUGUGUGAUUAUCUGCCACUUUUUCCAACGAUCAUGUUUUUAAUUUAGUUCCUUUGUAUGAAUGUGAGACGGUUUGUUGUAUCCUCUUGUGCCUGGAGUGAGAAGAGCUCUUAACCAUCAGUUAGUUGUAAACGAAAGUGCUUUUGGUCUUGCAUGCUUUUUGUGCUGCUAGAAUGUCAAGAUUUUGCAGUUGUUUUUUUGUUUUUUUUUUACAUAUAUUAUAUAUAUUGUGCCAGCGCACAAUAAUGUGUUCUAUCUUGCCUGUUGAGUUUCUGCCAUAUUAACCACAAGCCUACUGUUCUAAUUCAAUUUACAAACUAUUUAUUUGAUUAAUUCCCCAAAUGCCCUACCCUUGUUGUAGGUCGCACUGAAGUUGGCCUUGCUAGAUUUGACGGCUGUGUCCCAAAUCACAUACUACUGUGUUAAAAGCAUUCAGAGGUCAAACAUUGAGAGCAAACUCACUGGAUGUUUGUUUUUUAAAAAAAAUUUUUUUGCUUGCACUAGUGUGUUAUUGAGGUAAAUGGUCAUUUCUCUAUUUUUUUUUUUUUGGGGGGUUGGAGGGGGACGGAGACACGGCUAAUUUCUAAGCUAAUUUUCUGUACUUGAAUUUAACUCUCGACAAAUGAAACAGCGAGCCAACAUGUCCUGUAUAGUGAACUAUGCAGAUUAGGAUGUAACUGAGCCAUUUAGGAGUCACCUUUAAAAUAACUUUUCCAAAAAGGCCACAUCCCAAAUUGCAUACCACAAGAUAGGGUUGGGUUGUGAUGACCCAUAUCUUAAUUAAAUUCUACCACAGUAUACUUGAUAUCCCAUGUUCUUGAUAACCUUAACUUUUUUUUUUUUAAACAUGAUUAUUUUAUCCUCCUUUUCAGUGUGUGUUUAUUUUUGAAAACAUUAAGUCCAGCAACCUUGCACUAAAUAAUGCAUAGCGUGUACCAUAGAACUGUCUUAGAGUAUUAUUUCCGACCCCCGGCUAAAAUAGGACGGUAUGCUGUUUGGGAAGUAGCCAAACUCUGCGCCCUACUAUACUAAACCGUGAAUUUUUCACCCCUCGAAUGUUGCGUGAGAUGUUUUAGACCUGCGCUGACCCUAACUUGAUGUAAGGUAUGCAUCACUUAAAGGCUGUGAAGAACACGUGACUUAAACAUAUCAAACCCCCGGAGCUGGAGUGAACAGGAAAAGGCUCUUCUAGUUCUAGCAAGGCAGCUUCACUGGUAGAGAGACUUCAGUGCCUUCAAUUUCACCAAGACCUCCUGGAGCAGACAAAACGUUUGCCCACUUCUGCAAUUAUUAUACCUAUGAGAGCGAAACAGUCGAGUUCAAGCUGCAUGCUCAAAACAAGGUCUACUCUUACACGUGGUUCAGGUGUCCCUACUGUAAAACAUCCCUCACCGUCAUCGACUCGCACACACCUACCACAGAUAUGCACAUUCAGAGGAACAUUCACGACUUCAUCUUGCCAUUGUGCUGACUAAUAACUGUAUUAAAUCUCUUAAAAUGGGAACCGUAGAACACCUGGGAGUCUACCAUUAUGACCGCUGCACUAUCCCAGUCACUUCUUUUUCUUUCCUCUUUCUAUUAUUUGUAGCGUGGUUGUGAUCGUUUUUCAUUUCUUAAUGCUUCGGGAAUCUUUUAAGUGCCAUUUGACAGUUUACGUAGUGCGCCGUGGCCUGCUGUAGCGCGUUCUAAUGCAAGCACAAGCGUUGUGGUACUCAUGAGCAGCGACCCUGCUCGGAAAAGCAGUCUUAGUUGUAAAUAUUGAGCUAAAACCGAUGGUUAUUUAUUUACUCGCCCUUUCUUUAACCACUAAAGUGUACAUUGUGAUUCUUUUUCUGCCCUCUUUCUCUUUUUUGGACAAAGUAAUGUACUUUACAUAUACAUACAAUUUGUAACUUUUUUUUUUUUGUUGUUGUUUUUUCUUUUUGCGUGUUGUUCCAAUUUCUCUUAGUAAAUUAUAUUCUCUGAACAAUUGGUACGAGCUAACCAAUAUGUGUAGAGUGAUUUGUAUUGUGUAUUUUACAUGAAGGAUGACAAAACUGGGGAACUUUUAUAUUUAUAAAGGCAUAUAUUAACAUUUUAGUGUGUCGUUUACGAGGAAAAAUAGAAGAAAUAUCCAAGACACAUGUAGUUUGGUUUUUCUGAAUAUUUCAGACUUGAGCUCAGGCUAGCUUCUUAGUGUUGUUUACUUACUUGUGGCUUGUCUUUCAAUUAAUAAACUUUUCCUUGUUGAAA